CCAAAAUAGACCUAACUACCGGCUGUCAAAGACAUAUUGCCAUUUUGAGUCUUUAAUUUAGAGCUUCAGCCGCAACAGUGGAAAGUCAAUUUUAAUUUUAACAUGAAUUCCGUCACUGCAGACAGCUUUCGACAUUUUUGUACGGAGAGCGAUUUACCAAAAAGGAGGCGACAACAAGUUAGCUAGCUAGCUGGCUCUCGACUAACGAUCGUCCGGGCUCUUUCCAUAGUUACUGUUGUAUUUUGUCAACAGUGUUAAGAUAACGUCAGGCUCUCAUGCAGUUUAUCACUGCAGGCCAACACGGAUAAAGGCGCAGCUGUUUGAUUGCACAGCUUUAUUUUUCCCGUCGUGGAAAGAAACCAGUCGGUCUCAUAAGCUAAUAUAUAGAGUUUUUAAAGCAAUGGCCUAUAGUUUCCUAAACACGGAUGAGGCUUCUCCCCCGGCUCUGACAGAUCUGUGCCUGACUCAUGUGAGCCAAAACCUGGAGUGUUUCUGUGUGAAGCGCCCUGAUGGCUCCCUGCGCUUCAGAGAGGCUGUCUUCUUCCCACAGGAGCUGGCAGACCAGCUGCUGGCCAAGAUGGCCACUGAAGGUCUGUUGAAUGACAGCACAGCGGGGGUAUUUCGUAACUGUGAAUACCUGCGGCUGAGACGGGCCUGCAUCCGCACAGCGCGUAUCUCUGCCGAGGCUUUUCUAAAAGCCCUCUGCCCUCACAGACUGCUGGAGCUGGAUGCUGCCAGGGUCAAUGCAGACCUCACAAUUCGUGAUAUUCUACAAGGACUGGCCACCAAUAAAUUCUGUCAGGAGUCCCUCCAGCGACUUGUCCUCACAGGUCUCACCAUGUCCUCUCUGGAGGAACCCAGUCGGUACCGCUUCAGCUCCCUCCCGGGUCUCCGCUCCCUUUCUCUUGCCAACGUGGACUUCUAUGACUCUGGGCUGGUGGACGUGUGUUCCCUGCCUCGGCUGGAGAGCCUGGAUCUGUCCAACACGUCAGUGACCAACCUGACCCCCCUGCUGGGCCUGAAGGAGAGGCUGCGCUCUCUGACGCUGCAUCAGCUGAAGAGGCUGGAGAUGAGCACGGCUCAGCUGCUGGGAGUCAUCGGACAGCUGAAUGUAUUGCAGCACCUGGACAUCAGUGAUGAUAAGCAGUUCACUUCUGAUGUGGCUCGACAACUGCUUGGACAGCCAGGAAUCCUCCCCGCUCUAGUUUCCCUGGAUGUGUCAGGGAGGAAACAGGUGACGGAUGCAGCUGUCAAGGCAUUUGUUGAGGAGAGACCAGGGAUGACCUUUGUGGGACUUCUGGCCACAGAUGCUGGAUUCUCUGAGUUCCUCUCUGGUGAUGGAAAUCUAAAGGUAACAGGAGAAGCCUACGAGACCCAGAUCUGUGAGGCCCUGCGGCGCUACAGUGAGAGAGAAGGGUUUGUGAGGGAAGCUCUGUUUCAUCUGUUCAGCCUGACCCAUGUGAUGGAGAAACCCAGGCCUGACAUCCUUAAGCUGGUGGUUUUGGGGAUGAAGAACCACCCUGCCACUCUGAACGUCCAGCUGGCAGCCAGUGCCUGUGUGUUCAACCUGACGAAGCAGGACCUGGCUGCAGGGAUGCCAGUGCGACUGCUGAGCACCGUCACUCAGCUUCUGCUGGAGGCCAUGAGGACGUUCCCCAACCACCAACAGCUCCAGAAGAAUUGCCUGCUGUCUCUGUGCAGUGACCGCAUUUUGCAGGAAGUUCCAUUCAACAGGUUUGAAGCUGCCAAGCUAGUGAUGCAGUGGCUCUGCAACCAUGAGGACCAGAACAUGCAGAGGAUGGCUGUGGCUAUCAUUUCCAUACUCGCUGCCAAGUUGUCGACAGAGCAGACGGCUCAGCUGGGAGCAGAGCUGUUCAUAGUGAAGCAACUGCUCCACAUCGUGCGUCAGAAGGCCACUCAGGGCGUGGUGGACGCCACCCUCAAAUUCACACUGAGCGCUCUGUGGAACCUCACCGAUGAAUCGCCGACGACCUGCCGCCAUUUUAUUGAGAACCAGGGCCUGGACCUGUUCAUUAAAGUUUUAGAGUCCUUCCCAAACGAGUCCUCUAUUCAGCAGAAGGUUCUCGGCCUGCUGAACAACAUAGCUGAGGUGGGGGAGCUGCACGUGGAGCUGAUGGUGCAGAGCUUCCUGGACCACAUCAGCACGCUGCUGCACAGCUCCGAGGUGGAGGUCAGCUACUUCGCCGCGGGCAUCCUCGCACAUCUGAUGUCUCGAGGAGAGGAAACCUGGACGCUCAGUGCCGAGCUCCGAUCCUCCCUGCUGGAGCAGCUGCAUAAUGUCAUCAUGAAGUGGCCCGCGCCUGAUUGUGAGAUGGUGGCCUACAGGUCAUUUAACCCCUUCUUUCCCCUCCUGGAGUGCUUUCACACUCCCGGGGUCCAGCUGUGGGCGGCCUGGGCCAUGCAGCAUGUCUGCAGCAAGAACGCCGCUCGCUACUGCAGCAUGUUGUUGGAGGAGGGCGGCCUGCAGCAGCUGGAGCUGGUGAACACACACCCACAGACCCACAAAGAUGUCCAGCUGCUGGCUAAGAGCAUUCUGGAGAGCCUGCAGCGCCACAGAGCGCGCACCGGACAGCCGGUACACACACACACCAGUCGCCGCCCGCCGCCACAGUAACCUCACAAA